AUUAACUCAACAAUAUGCAGCAUUAAUAAAAUCUUUAUCUGAUAAAGCUCGUUCAACAAUUCGUGAUAUUGAUCCAACAAAUGAACUUAUCUUUUUUCGUAUGCGUACUAAAAAACAUGAAAUAUUGGUUGCACCUGACAAAGAAUAUACAAUGAUCGUUUUACAAGCAACAGAUGUUUCAUAA